AUGUCUCUUCGCAGAAUAUUCUCCCCCUUCUCGCGCAAGAACAAAGGCGAGGGUAGCUCCGCAGGAGCCGUCCAUGACAGCUCUCAUUACUCCUCCAAACCUGCACCAGUCGAAAUGCCUACCCCCUCCGUACCUCCUCCUGCCUAUUCGCAGACAUAUGGUCCAGCGUCUGAGGAACGUGCUCUGGCCAGGCUCAGAGAAUACGAUACUAUCUUUGUGAUUGAUGAUUCCUCGUCAAUGUGCAACGAUGCUACGGUAGACCAGACGCGUUGGGACGUGGCAUGCGAGGCUCUGGCAGAGUUCUCAGAGAUUGCCGCUAGAUAUGAUAAAGAUGGUAUCGAUAUCCAUUUUCUGAACAGUCCUCGCGUCGGUAAAGGCUUGAAGCCUGGGCUCGGUCCACAGGGUGUAAACGACGUCCGGAGACUGUUCAUGGACCUCACGCCGUCCGGGAUGACAUAUAUAGGGAAGAAACUUGAAAGCCUGUUGACAAAAGACUACAUCAAGCAGAUGGAGUUGGCCUCGAAAGAACUAGGAGCAUGGCCUAAACGACUCAACUUCAUGAUCAUCACUGAUGGCGAAGCCAGUGGGUAUUUUUACUGUCUGAAGCAGUGUGGCGUACUGACGGAAUACGUGCCUUUUCAAGGUGACGCCGUAGACUUGAAAAAAUUCCUUCGAGAUACCGCAAAUACUUUGCAUAAGCUUCGGGCCCCACAAGCACAGAUCGGAAACGACAAACAUGCAACGCGGUUCUUGGAAGAUCUGGAUGGAGACUGCAACAAGAACCUCCCUACGGAUAUUGUCGACACCGUGAAGUCGGACCCAGGAAAGCCGUUCGACGCAGACCUCAUCAAGAAAGUCCUCUUGGGUGGCAUUAACCGCGGUUUUGACCACAAAGAUUAG